AUGGCAGACGAAGCUCCGGAGCCUGUGGUCUCCAACACAGUAGAAGAGCCUCUGGACUUGAUCAGACUUAGUCUCGAUGAGAAGAUUUAUGUGAAGAUGCGCAAUGAAAGGGAGCUCAAAGGAAGGCUUCAUGCGUAUGAUCAGCACUUGAAUAUGAUUCUUGGCGAUGUUGAAGAGACCAUCACGACAGUGGUCAUAGAUGAAGAAACUUAUGAAGAAAUUUAUAAGAUGACAAAAAGAAGUAUUCCAAUGCUGUUUGUGAGAGGUGAUGGAGUCAUCCUGGUUUCUCCGCCUAUGAGAUCAUCCUAG